GUUCAAGUUGAACCCGACCCACGAUACAAAUAGACUGCGCGCUUCCUCGAACUCCUCCCAUGUCCCAAAAUAAAGACCCUCGUUCUCUCUUUCCUCUUUGCAAUUCUCAAAAGUACAAGUAGUAUUAAUUAGCAAUUUCUGGGUUCAUAAAUCAUACCUUCAUCAAUCGAAAUAAUCAAAUAGAAAAAAGAGAGAGAGAAAAAAAAGGGAAAAAAAAAAAUGAAACAAGUGACAAUUUCGUUAGAUGGAGUAAGGGACAAGAACAUAAUGCAGCUUAAAAAGCUCAAUGUUACUCUCUUUCCUGUUCGUUACAACGACAAGUAUUACUCUGAUUCGCUUGCAUCUGGGGAAUUCUCCAAAUUAGCAUACUACAAUGAUAUAUGUGUCGGAGCCAUUGCAUGCCGCCUUGAAAAGAGAGAUGAUGGAGCAGUUCGGGUUUACAUCAUGACAUUGGGUGUGUUGGCACCUUAUCGUGGCUUAGGUGUUGGCACAAAGCUUUUAAACCAUGUACUUGAACUGAGUGCAAAGCAGAACAUCUCUGAGAUUUACUUGCAUGUUCAGACCAAUAACGAGGAAGCAAUGAAUUUCUACAAGAAAUUUGGGUUUGAAAUCACAGAUACCAUCCACAAUUAUUACACAAACAUUACUCCACCAGACUGCUAUGUUGUGACCAAGUACUUUUCUCAAACAAAGAAAUGACGCGUGUUGAACCGAAAUUGAGUUUUGCAGUUCAGAAGAUUAUUAGAGCUUGAAGUUAGAUUGUAUUAGUGAAAAUAUGUGAACUAUACCAUUCAUGUACGGUAAAUGUUGAGAUUCUUUGAUGUCUAGAGUUACAAUUGUGGCGAUCUUCGAGUACACGGAUCAGUUGCUACAAAUUGAACAUGUUCUCAAUCACAAUGCUACAUCAUGGAUAUUGAAAAACCGAUAUGUUAUCCAUACGAACAAUUGAUGAGCGAAUAGGGGCGAAAGUUUAGCAACUGAUCACUAAUUUUUGGCUUUCA